GCCGUGGACAUCGUCUCCGCUGUGGUCGUCUUCGCCGUCGUGCCGGUGGCGAUGCUGGUGGUUGUGCUGGUGGUGCUGUGCGGUUGCCGUGGUCGUUGGUAAUAAUUCAAAAGUCGUCGCCGCGGCCGCCGUGCCCUAUGCGUCCGUCAACCACACCGUGGCCACCCUGUUGGCCGGCAAGUACGGGCAGCCGGUGUUGGCCGCCGACGACCUGUACGUGGCCGCCCAACCUUACGACGACUGCAUAGUGUUUCGCGUGACGGCCAAAACCCGCGGCUUCGUGGCCCUGGGAUUCGCCCAGCCCGGCACCGCCGUGGACGUGGUGCUGGUGUGGACCGACGACGAGACCAAUGAGCCUCAUAUACUGGAUAUGCAUGGCAAAAACGACGGGGGUCUUAUGCCGGAGAAGGAUGUAAGCCAAGACUACGAGCUGUUGGCUUCCGUUCAAAAUGGCUCCCACAUUUCCGUUGUCUUCCGGAGGGCUUGGGACACCUGCGACACACACGAUGACGUCGUGUUUCAAAAUGACACUAUGAGAAUGCUUUGGACAUUGAGUGAUCGAGAUCCAAUCGACAGACAAUAUACAGAGGCUCUUAAAUUAGGAGAUUCGUGGAGGGGCACUCAGAGCUUUCAUCCGAAAGGCUCCAAGUACAGACCGAACACAGAUUACUAUGAUCGAUGGGACGUCACAAUGGACAAUUUGUAUCUUAAGGACAACAUCGAUACGCUUUACUGGUGUAAGAUUUUCAGAGCACCUAAUAUCACAUCGAAAAAUCAUAUCGUAGGAUUUGUGCCAUUGCUGAACCCCGACACACGAAGUCUUAUUCAUCACAUGAUACUGUACGAGUGCGACGAUGGACCAGACACAAUGGAACGGUACGUGACGCUAAAAGGUGAACAAUGUUACGGCAACAACAUGCCUGACGAUUGGAACAAGUGUGUUUCGCCAGUGGUAACGUGGGCAAUGGGUUCUGACGGUCAGUUCUUGCCCAAACAUAUUGGCGUUCCCAUCAAAGACAGGCACUUGUAUUACAUGUUAGAAGUACACUACGAUAACCCUACAUUAAGAAAAGUUAUGGACAAUUCGGGCGUCAGGGUGUACCAUACGGAUCACUUAAGGGCAAACGACGCAGGCAUUAUGGCUGUCGGUAUGGCCGUGUCGCCGAUGCACAUAAUUCCACCUAGACAAGUCCACUACAAGACGUCCAGUCUGUGUGACAAAGACUGCACUAACGUUAUGUUCCCCGAACGAGGAGUGAAGAUCACUUCGGUUCUUUUGCACGCACACCAAGCGUCCAGAAAGCUCAAACUUCGACACAUCAGGCACGACCAAGAAAUGGCCACCAUAGCCAAGGACGACCGCUACGACUUUGGCUAUCAACAAGCCAGAGAGUUGGCCAAUGAAGUAACCGUAUAUCCCGGAGACGAACUCAUCACCGAGUGCGUGUACAACACUGAAGACAGACCGCAUCUGACUCACGGAGGCUAUUCGACCAAACAGGAAAUGUGCUUGGCUUUCGUCACGUAUUAUCCGCGAACGCCGUUGGCCAGUUGCUUCAGCAUGACUCCCGUGCCAUUCUUUUUCGAGACGUUCGGCGUCCAACAGUUUUUAGAUUACAACAUGGAAGGCGUCGAGAAGAUCUUUUUGAAAUUAGCCGAAAGCUCGACUGCGAAGCCGCCAACCAAAACGACCACGCCGUUGAUAGCGCCGGCGUUCGACAGUGAAAAAUCUCUGGAAGAACUCAACCAGGCACACAUUUCGUACUUAAUGAAGCAGCCUUCGUUCACGAUCGAAGAAAACAGCGAACCCAAUCUGUUUAGGGAUUUGGAAAUUAUGGAGCCCGUGGAAUUCCAAAACAAAACGUUUCAACAACAUUUGGAAAACAUACCGUGGGAAGACAGUCUUCUGACCAGGAACAUUGAAAGCCGACUUAUCACCGGCAAACACAUGACCUUUUGCCGUUUGCAAAACGACACAUUAGCACUAAUGAUGAAUACUUAUGCGUAUCCCAACUUCACAGCUUACAACGAGCCAAAAAUCACAGAUGAGGCAUGCGUGCCACUUUCAAACAAAUUCCAAAACUCGUCGCCGAUCCUGAAUAGUUCCUAUGUAUUGAUUUUAUUAAGCACCGCACUGAUUUAUACAUUAGAUAUUAAAAUUGUUUAAAUAAAGUCCACUCAUUCAUUGUGUAGUUUAUAGCAUGUAAGUUCAAGUCAAUAUUA